AUGGGUGAAACGGUCAAUCACGGAUACCUCUUGCGGAUAAUUUUCACUUGGCUUUGUUGUCUUUUCAACACUGCGAAUGGGCAGAUCGCAUAUUCCGUGAUGGAGGAGAGUAAUCUGGGGACUACAGUUGGGAAUUUAGCAAAAGACCUGAAUCUCAAUGUGCAAGACUUGGAGCACCGUGGGUUACAGAUUAUUUCCGGACCGAACUCCAGGUAUUUUGAUUUAAACGUGAAGACUGGUGUCCUCCGUGUUAAAGAAAGAAUAGACCGCGAGGAUCUAUGCGGACGCAGUACGAAAUGCACUUUUGAAUUGGAGGCUGUUAUGAAUUCACCUUUAAACAUGUAUCGGUUUGAAAUUAUUGUAUUAGACGCAAAUGAUCACGCACCCAUGUUUCGCUCGUCAAAAACAGAAAUUAAUGUUUCUGAAUCAGCGUCUCUUGGAGACAGGUUUGCUUUACAGCGUGCCUUUGAUGCAGAUGUGGGCAGUAAUUCGAUAAAAAGCUACAGACUUAGCCAGAAUGAGCACUUCUCUCUUGACGUACACAGCGGGGAACAGAGUGUAUCUUCUGAAUUAGUACUACAAAAAGCUCUAGAUCGAGAAAAACAAGCUGCGAUACAGCUUAUACUGACUGCUGUAGACGGAGGAAAACCACCCAGAUCUGGUACAUUAAAUCUAAAAGUAAAUGUACUUGAUGCGAAUGAUAACACUCCCGUUUGUGGAAAAUCGCUUUACAAAGCUCAAAUACCCGAAGAGUCACCAUUCGGUACAUCUGUUAUUACAGUUAGCGCAAAUGAUGCAGAUGAAGGACUGAACGGAGAAAUCGUUUAUUCAUUCGUAAAUCAUGACAAUGACAUAAUUAUUGAUUCAUUCGCCAUCAAUUCUGAUAGCGGUGAAAUAACAGUAAAGGGAAAGCUGGAUCACGAGCAAAAUAGUGCAGUUGAAAUUCGAGUUCAGGCAAGAGACAAAGGAACAAAUCCGAGGUCAGCGUUUUGUAAAAUACUAGUUGAAAUAAGCGAUGUGAAUGACAAUGCUCCCGAAAUAUCUGUGACGUCACUCGUGAACGUUCUUAAAGAAGAUUCUCCAGAUGGGACAAUGGUCGGUUUAAUAGCAGUAAAAGAUAGGGAUUCCGGGAAAAAUGGUGCCGCGUCUCUAAAUUUACAAGGUUUUUUACCAUUUGCUCUGCAGAACACGUAUAAAAAUAUAUAUUACUUAACUGUGAAAGGACAUCUAGACAGAGAGACUGUUUCACAAUACAACAUAACUCUUACAGCUACUGAUGAAGGGACUCCACCUCUGUCCAGCACCACUGUCAUUACUGUACGCAUUUCUGACGUGAAUGACAACACACCACGUUUUUCAGAAACCGUUAUUAAUGUGUAUGUAAAGGAGAACAGUCAGGUUGGAUCUCCAAUUCAUACAGUAUCUGCUUUUGAUCCUGAUCUUGGUGAUAAUGCUAGAAUUUCAUAUUCAUUACUAGAAAACUCAAAACGUGGUUAUGUAACAUCCUUAAUCAACAUAAACUCUGACAGUGGAGAUAUAUACAGUUUGCAGUCAUUUAAUUAUGAAUCAAUGAAAACAUUUCAGUUUAAAGUUCAGGCCACAGACUCUGGUGUUCCUCCACUGAGCAGUAACGUGACUGUGAAUGUUUUUAUCCUGGAUGAGAAUGACAACAGUCCCGGGAUUCUCGCUCCCUAUUCUGAUCAUGGAUCGGUUCACUCUGGAAACAUUCCCUAUUCUGCUGAAGCGGGUUACUUUGUAGCCAAGAUUAGAGCUGUAGACCCAGAUUCUGGAUAUAACGCCCUGCUUUCUUAUCACAUCUCUGAACCCAAAGGAAACAACCUCUUCCGGAUCGGAACCAGCAGUGGAGAGAUCAGGACUAAGAGGAGAAUGAGUGACAAUGACCUGAAAACUCACCCACUGGUCAUUUUGGUUUCUGAUAAUGGAGAGCCCUCACUCUCAGCCACUGUGUCUGUUGAUGUUGUGGUUGUUGAGAGCACAGGUGACAUAAAGACUCAGUUGAAACACACACCGAUAAAGGAGGACACUUUCUCGGAUUUAAACAUGUAUCUGCUGAUUGCCAUUGUGUCAGUUUCAGUGAUAUUUUUACUGAGUCUGAUCAGUUUAAUAGCUGUAAAAUGCUACAGGACAGACGGCAGUUUCAGCAGAUACAGCGCCCCAGUGAUCACCACACAUCCUGAUGGAAGCUGGUCUUACUCCAAAUCUACUCAACAGUAUGAUGUCUGUUUUAGCUCGGACACAAUGAAGAGUGACGUAGUUGUUUUCCCUGCGUCAUUCCCGCCUGCAGAUGCUGAACUGAUCAGUAUAAAUGAAGGAGACACUUUUAGUAGAACACAAACCCUCCCUAAUAAAGAGAAGGUAAGCUGUCCAACUAUAAUUUUUGUAGUAUAUUUCAUAAGUUAUUGA